AUGAGGAUGAAAACAAAAUGAAAGCUGGUAGAGAGAGCAGGAAAGGGCAAGUGGACGUGUGCCUUGAGAAGAAAUUCAGUGCCCCAGAGCAAGAGCCAUUGACUGCUCCAGACCUCAUACAUCAUACAGCAGCUCGUGAAGGCCACAUCGGCAAGGGAAAUGCAGUG